CACAUACACACACAAUUACAUGUUUUAUUUUUAUGUUGUGCUAUUAACUUUAAUAGGAUAAAUAAUGUUCCUAUUAUGAAUGUUUAUGCGUGUUUAUAUGUGUGUAUAAAUAUAUAACUUUUGUGACAAAUUCGAUUAUUAAUGUAAUGUGACAAUUAUUAUAUAAUAAGCCAUUUUUAAUAUAUUAUAUAAGUAAUAAAAUAUUUUCAAAUAAUUUAUCAAUGGAUAGUAUAUUUUUAUACAUAUUUUUUUCUUGAACACCUGCUGUACAAAAUUUAAGUAACCAUGGAUGCGUUUAACAAUUGGCGAAUCGACAUGAUGGCGGAAUGCCAAGGAUGUUAUGUCGUUCGAUUAUCAGUGUACUCUCUCCUUUCGAGAAAAAAACGGUUUCAUGCGAUGUGACGGGCGCGGGUGAAAACGAUCGUGAGACGUUUACAAAAUCGGCGAAUGACAGAAACAAUGGUUCUAUCACCAAUACUGUUAAAAUCAUCGCUAUCGAUAUGUUUGAGAAAUCUUAUCCGCGUGACAUCAACGACGGCAAUAGGCUCCAUUAGGAGUCGAUAUACACGUCCUUUACCGCCGACAGUUUUGGCGAAAAUCUUCGGAAGUAAUAAAGGGAAACCUUUCGGAAAAGAUGCGACUGCUGGUUCAGAUUUACAGCGAACCGUUAAUUUUAUUUCGCCAUGCUUACGAGAAGAACUCUUAUGCAAGACCUCGGAACCAGUUAAAGACUGCUGUCAUAAAGUCGCUAUUGUCGGUGCUGGUAUGGUUGGCGUUGCUGUUGCGAAUGCGCUCCUCUUUCAACGAAUUACUUCGCACAUUGCAAUAGUAGACGCCUUUCCUAAAAAGUUGGAAGGCGAAGGAAUGGAUUUUUGUCAUAGUUCUUCAUUCAUAGGAGAUCCAAAGAUCGAGUACGACACAGAUUUUUGUGUGACACAUAAUUCAAAAGUCGUAGUGAUUUGCGCGGGUGUACGACCAAAGAAGAGCGAAAGCCGACUUGAUUUGGUGCAAAGAAAUACAGAGAUAUUGAAAAAUAUAAUACCACCUCUCGUAAAUUAUAGCCCUAAUGCUGUGUUCAUCAUUAUCAGCAAUCCUGUGGAUAUCUUGGCCUGGGUUACCUGGAAGCUGAGCGGACUUCCGGCCCAUCAAGUAAUUGGCAGCGGAACUCAUUUGGACAGCGGAAGAUUUCGCUAUUUGAUUGGUGAUCGAUUAGGAAUAGCGCCAAGUUCGGUUCAAGCAUUUAUAAUCGGUGAACAUGGGGACAGUAUGGUUCCGCUCUGGUCCGGAGUGAGCGUCGCAGGGGUGCAAUUCCGUGAUAUUAUCCCGAAUAUUGGUUUGGAAACGGACGAUGAAAGAUGGCACGAAAUAUCGAGAGAAGUCGUAAAGUUAGGCCCAACAGUGCGGUGUUUAAAAGGAUACUCAAAUACGGCCAUUGGAAUUUCCGCAGUAGAUAUCAUAAUCGCAAUAUUACGCAAUACUCAAGCGAUUAUACCAGUUUCAACUCAAAUACAGGGUCAUCAUGAUGUAUGUCACGAUAUGUUCCUGUCGCUACCUUGCGCGAUUGGCGAAAAUGGCAUCACGAAUAUCAUUCGAAUGCAUAUAACCGAAUACGAGAAAAAGCUGUUCCAGUCUUCGGCGAAUAUCGUGUACAACAUGCAGAAAAAAAUCAACAUUAAAUCUUGA